CAAGACAUUGUUGUUAUCAUGGCGGCUAAGAGAAAGCGCGAAGCUGUCGAAGACAGCGGAGAAUUUACGAAGUUUGACGUUCCUAAGCACAUCAAAAGUCAAGAAAAGCGGCUCAUUGUCGUCUUGGAAAAGGCUAACCUCGAGUCUGUCAAGGUCGGCAAGUCAUUUGAACUGCUGAACUGCGAUGACCACAUCCAGCAGAUGCGAAAGUUCAAGAAAGACCCGGCUUUCUGUCGACCAGACAUUACUCACCAGUGCCUGCUGAUGCUGUUUGACAGUCCGUUGAACAGAGCAGGCCUCCUUCAGGUGUACGUCCGCACCGAAAAGAACGUCCUCAUCGAAAUCAACCCUCAGACCAGAAUACCUAGAACCUUCAAGCGGUUUUCUGGGUUGAUGGUUCAACUCCUGCACAAGCUUUGCAUCCGAGCUGGAAGUGGAUCUGUAAAGCUCUUAAAAGUCAUCAAGAAUCCUGUUACAGACUGGCUUCCUGUAGGCUGCCGGAAGAUAUCCAUGUCUUUACAUGCCGACAAACUAGUCAGGCCGAGGGAGCUUGUCCCUGAAACAGACGAGCCAAUAGUUGUGGUUAUUGGAGCCAUGGCUCACGGUUCGGUGGAUCCUGACUACACGGAAGGGUCUUUCUCAAUCAGCCAGUACCCACUCUCGGCAGCACUUACUUGUUCAAAGCUGUGCUCUGCCUUUGAAGAGGCUUGGGGAGUGCACUGAUCGCACCACCCACAACUGACUGUUGUCACUCACGAACUAUCUUUGGGUAGUGGGAGGCGGGAGGCGCAUUCAUACAGAGCGGAAGAAAUCAAGUGAAAAAAUCUAAGUUUUAUCAUGGUCUCUUACAGAUUCAGAAACCCUUGCAGCUUUCAGUACAUGGGCUCUUGGAAUCAUGUGAGAACGCUCAGUAAAGCUUGCAUUAUUUUUUACUUGAA